AUGGGCACUAAAGUUAAAAAUACAAUACCAUUGUCUCUGGAGCAGUUUCACAUCUCUGAGGAAUAUGGGUUUAUUCUUCCUGAGCCUCUGAGAGACCUGCCGGUGUACUACAAGCCCUGGAUGGACAUUGCCAGAAAUGUGCCAGAACUCAUCUCCUCCCAUUCUUUGCGUCUCAGAAUUCAUGAUAUGCCUCAGUUGGAGACUCAUUUGCUGCGGACGCAUCGUGAGCUGCGUUUGGCCCAUCUGGCUUUGAGCGUAAUGACUAUGGGUUACGUAUGGCAGGAGGGAGAGAGAGAAACAAUAAAAGUGCUUCCACGGAGUCUGUCGCUGCCGUUCUGUGAGGUGUCUCAGAGACUGGGUCUCCCUCCGAUCCUCAUCCACGCUGACACAGUCCUCGCCAACUGGAAGAAAAGAGAUCCAGAUGGACCUUUUUCCAUAGAGAACUUGGACUUGUUGCUGACAUUGCCUGGUGGGGAAAGUGUAAGAGGAUUUUUUCUGGUGACACUGCUGGUGGAGUUGGCAGCUGUUCCUGGCCUGAAGUCUAUCCUUGAUGUCAUCAACGGCGUCCAGUAUAAUGAUGUUGCUAUGGUCACCAGAGCUCUGGAUGUUGUCAGUCAGGCCAUAGACAGCAUGAAACAGGCCCUUAAACUAAUGCAUGAAUAUGUAGAUCCCUCCAUAUUCUAUGGCAUCAUGAGGAUAUAUCUGUCUGGAUGGAAAGAUAACCCAUUAAUCCCAGAAGGUCUCGUGUACGAGGGAGUUCAGGAGAAGCCACUGGAGUUUUCAGGAGGCAGUGCUGCACAAAGUAGUAUCUUACACUGCUUUGAUGAGCUGCUGGGAGUCCAACAUGAAGACAGCAGUGGGGCCUUCCUGAGAAGAAUGAGGGACUACAUGCUGCCCGCUCAUAAGCAGUUCAUUGAAAACAUCUCUAGACGCCCGUCUUUGCGCAGCUUUGUGCUCCAGCAAGCAGAUGAGCGUCUAACACACACAUUUGAGCAGUGUGUGGCUCGCUUGGUGGACUUUCGAAAUUACCACAUCAUCAUUGUCACCCGCUACAUCACUAUCCCGGCCUCCCAUGCCAAACAGCUCUGUGCCAAUAAGCAGGGUUUGGCCGAGGAGCUGGACGCAAUCAGAAGUGCACCCACAGCGCUGGAGGAAAGAGGUACUGGAGGGUCAGGGAUUAUGACCUUUCUGAAGACGGUGCGUGACGAAACCAAAGACACUUCCAUCUCACAGUGUACUAAUGGGAACCACGUCUCGCCAGACCCAGCGAUAACAGAAAUACAGAAGGCUGCAUCUGAGCUCGCAACAGAAUGAUAAUUGCACCAAAGUAUCUUGGAAUGGUGAUUUGACAACCAAGGUUAAUUGGAAAAAUUUGCCUGGUGUGAAACUUCUGCAAAAUGAUGUAGUUUUGUGACACUAUCAGAGUGAAAUGUCCAAUGAGUAUUUACGACUAGUUUAUUCACUUUGCAUGCUUUAGAUGUAAAACAUCCAUGUUUCACAUAAUUAUUGUGUGUUUUAUACGUAAACUAAUUGGUGAAUUGGUUAAUUGAACCAGUUUGUAGAAAUUAACCAUCUGAAAGAAUCAGUUUCAAAGAAAAUGGAUUAGAAUGAAUUACAGGUAUUAGUGUAGUGAAAAAAUUCUGUUUCUUGCACAGACCAAUUGUUGACCAAACAUAUAUUUUACAAACUUACUGGACAUCCAAAACAAUGAUGCUGUAUGUGUGCAAAUUGAUAUUUAAUUUAUUUUAUAACCAGUUGAUAAGUUGGGGGUGUUGGGGUAACACAUUGCAAGUAACACGAGUAACGUAAUCAGAUUACUUAAUUUUUUCGAAGUAUUGCUUUUUAACAUAAGAGAAAAUAUCUGAGUUAAAUGAGUAACACUAACACCAGUUACUUCCCAUUAAUUUACAGACAGCUCUUCUGUCCGAAUGUUGAGAGAAAUCGGGAGUAAGUGCAUAAGCGUUGUUGCACUUGCAUAAAAACUGAUUCCUUGUUCCUCAAAAUGAAUAAAAACAGUGA